GUUGUCAAAGUUCGUGUUUACAGUUACUUGGAACAAACCUAUAAUAGUGAUAUGUCGUUUUUUAACAUAACUGAAUUUAAGUUCAUAAAGCACGCGUAAUUAGCUUCGACUUGAUGGCAAUAUAGUUGUGGACUUGGAUUAUCAAAAUACUGGAUAAUCAAUUAUUGGUACAUUCAACUUAAACAACUGUCUGAUAUGAUUACGAAAUGAAAUUACUUAAUAAAAAAUGAAAGUAUUUUGACGAGAAUUUUUCUCAUUUACUAUAACUACUACGUGUUAAGAAAUAUAAAUGUGAUACAAAUUCAAUGUCUAAGACCAACAUCCACUAUAUACGUUUAAUAUACGUGAUGUGCGUUUAACUUCCGUCCCACUCGUAAGUUAUUCAUAUUCCACGUAUAUCACCACAAUACGUAACGCAUGAAUAUUCAAAUCUGACAAUCGAAAUACGUAACUACGCUUUCAACGUGUUCCACGUAUAGAAAAUAUUGCCCAUGUAUCACAUACGUUAAUGAAGUAUAUUCCACCUUCCCGACGAAUUUUACACAUACAUGGUGUAUUGACUGAAUUUUCUUUUUCUGGGUGUUGGUAUUUCCAUUUGACCAUGAAUUGGAUCCAAUGGAAAUAGAGGCUGUCCCACCAUUUCUUCUAGUUGUUUCCCCCUCGAAUAAUAAGCAUCGCACUACCUUGGGUGUGAAUAAAAAUUAUUAUAAAAGACAUGCCUUCAUUAUAGUUAAGACAGUUAUAAUUGUUGUAACGAGUGAGACAAUAAAAUUAAUAAAAACACGAGCUCAGGAGAAAUAAGUAAAUUGUCUACGUAGCCAGGAGAGCAAAAAUAAGGGCGAAACGAAUACUGUUUUUCUGACGUUUUUUGGAAGCCAAAGUUACACGUAAAAAUUAAUUUGCUCUAAAUAUGGCACAAGAUGCUGACUCAUCAGGAGAUGAAAUGAAUAGUUACCAAGACCUGAGCUUCGAAACGAAAGCAAUACAUGCAGGACAAGAGUUUGAGAAAUGGAGUCAUUCCGAAGUGGUUCCUCCGAUUGUAACGACCAUGACUUUUGCACAAGAAGAUCCGACAAUAAUCUCAUUGUUGAGCACAGCCCACACGUAUGGUCGUUUCGGCAAUCCUACUCGGAGUACGUUAGAAAAAUGCAUAGCCGCACUGGAUAACACCAAUUAUGCCCUAACAUUCACAUCCGGUUGUGCUGCAAUUCACGCACUUUUGCAUCUUUUAAAAUCGGGCGAUCACAUUGUAUCAAGCAAUGAGCAAUUCGGACCUGAUGCAGUCCUUGAAGAUUUCUGUAAAGCUACCGGUGUUGAAGUGGACUUUGUCGAUUCAACCGUUUUAAAGCAAAUUGAAGAUGCUAUCAAACCGAAUACAAAAAUGAUUUGGAUUAUGACACCAUCGAAUCCUCGAUUAAGAUAUUCGGAUGUUGCUAGCAUUGCAAAAAUUGCUCAUUCACAUCCCAACAUAAUUUUGGCAGUCGACAAUACGUUUUUAACGCCGUACUUUUUGCGUGCGUUGGAUUUGGGUGCUGAUAUUGUAAUGUAUUCGCUCACUAAAUAUCUGAAUGGUCAUAAUGAUGUGAUGGGUGGUGCUUUAACGUUUCUAUCCGAAGAAUUGUAUAAGAAGGUGAAGUAUUACCAGGCCGCAUUUGGAAUAGCUCUUUCGCCAUUUGAUUGCUAUUUGACCAAUCGUGGACUCAAAACAUUGGCACUUCGAAUGCAAAAGCAUAGCGAUAAUGGUAUUGCAAUCGCUCGUUAUUUGCAAUCACAUCCGAUGGUAUCGAAGGUUAUGCAUCCAGUGUUGCCAUCUCAUCCUGACCAUGAAUUGGCGAUGACUCAAUGCUCAGGCUACAGCAGUAUUGUUUCUUUUGAAAUCAAGGGGACAUUGAAGGAGGCAAAAAAAUUCGUGCAAAGUCUUCAAAUCAUCCAAUCGUGUGGAAGUCUUGGUAGUUAUGCUUCAUUUGCGAUGCUACCCAUUGCCCAACUGUUCUCCGGAAAAGAAGCAUGGUAUAAAUUGGGAGUUCACGAGAAUUUAAUCCGAUUUUCUGCCGGCCUUGAGAAUGCUGAUGAUCUUAUCAAAGAUAUGGAACAAUCUUUUGACAAAACUUAUCAAUAAUCUCACAAAAAUAAAUUUUUUGGAA